GGGAAGUUGUUACUCUUACCCCAGAAGUCCUUUUGUGCAAAAUGAAAAGCAGAUGGUUGCAAUUCAGAGGAACAAGAAAAUGCAUCUUAAUGCAGCCCACAGCAUUGUAAUAGCUACAGCUGAUGGGGUAAAGGCUAUCUGAAUAGGAACAUGGGAACCUACCUAGAAGCCAGUGAGAUGACAUUUUACCAAACUAUGCUCCUAUCAGGAGAGGUGAGUGGGUUAUGCUAUCUUUAAAUUUGGCUGGAGCGCAUCACAUAUAAAUUGCUCUUACAGCAGCAGCAUACAUAAAAGUUAUUUCCCCUAGCAGUGACUGGCCUGCUCUAUCUAUCCUGAUAAUACCAAUGGCUGAUGAAUUGAUUGCCUCUCUGAUUAUAGACAAUGGCUCAGGUAUGUGCAAGGCUGGUUUUGCUGGAGAUGAUAUUCCCCGUGCUGUAUUUCCCUCCAUUGUGGGGCACCCCAGGCACCAGGGUGUUUUGGUGGGGGUGGGCCAGAAGGAUAGCUAUGUUGGAAAUGAAGCCCAGAGCAAAUGGGAUAUUCUUACCCUGAAUUACCCCAUUGAGCAUGGUAUCAUCACUAACUGGGAUGACAUGGAGAAGAUUUGGCACCACACCUUCUACAAUGAGCUGCGGGUGGCUCCUGAGGAGCACCCAGUGUUGCUCAGCGAAGCCCCCCUCAACCCUAAAGCCAACCAAGAGAUGAUGACUCAGAUCAUGUUUGAGACCUUCAGUGUGCCAGCCACAUAUGUUGCCAUUCAAGCUGUGCUAUCCCUUUAUGCUUCUGGCUGUACUACAGGCACUGUGAUAGACUCUGGAGAUGGGGUUACCCAUUCAGUACCCAUCUUUGAGGGCUAUGCCAUGCCCCAUGCUAUCCUUCGGAUGAACCUUGCUGGCCGGGAUUUAACUGACUAUCUCAUGAAAAUCCUGACUGAGAGGGGCUACAGCUUCAUCACUACAGCUGAGCAAGAGAUUGUGCGUGAUAUCAAGGAGAAGUUGUGCUAUGUUGCCCUGGACUUUGACCAGGAAAUGUCCACCACUGCUGCCUCCACUUCACUGGAAAAAAGCUAUGAACUACCUGAUGGGCAAGUGAUUACCCUAGGCAAUGAGCGGUUCAGAUGCCCUGAGGCCCUCUUCCAGCCAUCUUUCCUGGGUGUGGAGUCCUGUGGAAUCCAUGAGACUAACUUCAACUCUGUUAUGAAAUGUGAUGUGGACAUCCAAAAAGACUUGUAUGCCAACACUGUGCUGUCUGGGGGCACCACCAUGUACCCAGGUAUUAUUGACAGGAUGUACAGGGAGAUUGUUACCUUGGCACCAAGAACCAUGACAAUCAAGAUCAUCGCCCCUCCAGAACGUAAAUAUUCUGUCUGGGUUGGUGGCUCUACCCUGGCCUCUCUUUCCACUUUCCAACAGAUGUGGAUUAGCAAACUGGAGUAUGAUGAAUCUGGGCCAUGUGUCGUUCACCGCAAGUGCUUCUAGUGGGACUUUCCAGCAGAUUAUUACUGGAAAAUGAAUCUACUGCAUAACCAUUUAAUGCUUCCUUGACAGAGAUAGUAGGAGAUCUGUAGCCAGACUCCUUACCUUUCCUAUUGUGUAGUGACGGUCUUCCUUAUCUUUAAUGUGGGAACAAUCUCCUUUGACAAGAUUAGAUGGAUGAUGACAAGGAAAUAAGCCUUAAUCUCCUAGCAUGAUAAUUGCUCUCACUUUGUACUGGAAUAUUGGCUUUUGAGGCUGACGGAUACCUAGUAUCUUGCUUAUCUGAGGCUGAUGCCAUAGACUUCAUGAAAAGACAGGCUAUGGACCUGGUAAAUUUUCCUUCAGGCUGUCUACUGGACAGUGUGAAAAGGAAUACUUAAAAAUCACUUCCCUUAGUCCCUAAACGCCAAUGUAAACUAGGUCUCUGGGAAAUUUAAUUCCCUUGCAGUCUCACUCAUAAUAAAAGCUCAACUAGGCUGCUGAGAAGUGUGGGGGGGGUUUAAUAAGCAUGCUAGCAUUUUGGUCAGACUGCAAAGACCAGUUAUUUCCCUGUGGCUAGUGUAUGUGGAAGCCAAUCUCUUUAAUGCUACAAGGCUUGUUCCAUCUUGAUGAGCUAGUAAUAUAACAAAUCGUGAAUUUCGUACAGGUUGGGGGGGGGGUUGGUUUGGUUUUGUUUUGGGGUUUUUUUGGUUUCUCCCACAAGCUUUUCUAUUCAAUGAAUGUGGAUGAUGUUGACUAAAUCUCUUACCAACACUUUUUAAAUAUAGUGCCCUUUCAGGUAGGAUUUGCUAAUGAUGUUAAAGCGUAGCUCUAGUGAAGUACAAAGAGGCAUGUGGUAUGUGCGUAUGUGAGAUGGUGAGGAGUUCUGCUAUGUUUUUGUUUUAUUUAUGGUGACUCUCGGUGUUUAUUUAAGGACUCCCAGAAAAUCGCCACAUCAUACUGACUUGAUCUACUUAACGACUAGUAUAUCUCCAUCAUAGAAGCCCCUCUUUAAACAAUCAAAGAAUCGACAUUUAUGUUGAGUUCUGCUCUCCCUAUUAAUGGCAAUUUUGGAUAUAAUACAACACAGACUAACUUUUUUUUAAUUGCAAGAAACCUAACAUGUCCUUUUAUCACUGAAAUGAAAAAUUCUGAAUAAGCAGAAAGCAUUCUACUCUUUCUGAAUAUCUAAUCUCUAGCCACAUUCCCUUUACCUCACUAGCUGGUUCCUGGUCCCUGGUCCCUUUACCCUCAAUUCCCCACAAGAGUAAAACUGACAAAUGGGAGAAAUACACUCCCUAACUCCGUCUUCUGUUCACACAAGUAAGUAUGAAAGAAGGCCACCUGCCAUGAGUAACCAAUGUACUAUCCUUAUAGUGACCUCAACUACAAUUUUUCUUUUACCUGCACAUCUAGCUAUGCUGAACAGAAUACACUUAUGGAAAAAGCUAUACUAUGCAAACAACUAUAUCCUGAUGUAUACUCUUUCCAUUGCACAAUGAAUUGGUAUAGAGAGAACCAAGCAUGUUCAAAAAUAGUUUUCCUUUAUUGGGGUUUUUUUGUGUGUGUGUGGUUUUUGUUUUGUUUUGGUUUUUUUCCACCCCCACCCCCAAACUAACUGGAUAUCAGUUCCCGAGUAUGAGGGGAGAACAUAAAACUAACUCAAGAGCUACCCACUCCCUACAUGGAGCAUCACUGACUUCUCUGGGGCAUGAUUAGACCCUACAGAGGUUCACUGCAGAAUCUUUUAGAAGCAUUAAAAGAGUGAGUGCUAGCUCCUAGGAGUUAAUUGCUUCCCCUUUACCUGAUCUAAAUAUCUGAUUUCAUUAAAUAACUUCCUGUCUAAAUACUUUACCUGAUAGUCAUUGUGGACCUUGAACUGUUCUAGAGAGUCCAGUCUUUCUGUCAAAACAUCUGACAAAGACCUCAACACUGAAAUAUUGUGAAAAAACUCUCCAAGAAAAUCAGAAGUGAAUCUCUUCACCUCUGCACUCUCUCUGUUAAAUGGAAUAAAAUAAAUA